AUGGUGGUUGCCGAAGUGGUUAAAAAUAGAACAGAGGGUGAACUCACUUAUUUAUUUUCAACUGCUCAAUUUGCAAGUGUUCGUGGUGCGGCCAUCCGAGCAGGCAAUACACCACCUGUCCCCUACGAUCAAGCAUGCAUCACUCAAACGGUUUUUAAUCCUGCUGGACAUGGCGGUAUUGAUGUUGCAUCAAACGGUGCCGUCCGUGUUGAUCUGAAGUCUGUAUACGAUGGCGAAGUAGUGGAUUCUUGUAGUGGCGCUGCAGACUUCGAUGAAAGCACAUGCGGUAUCAAUGGAAACUAUCUCCGCAUCAAGUAUCCGGCUCAAAACGGAGGCUCAGCUUUUCUUCAAUACGGUCAUCUGACUUCGCUGGCGGUGAAGAAAGGCGACAAAGUCGCCAAUGGACAGGUGGUGGGCAAAAUGGGGCAAUCGGGAUUGGCUAGAGGAAUUCACACGCACUUCCAUGUACUCAAUGCAAAUUUUCAGGCACUGAAUGAGGACUUCCGCGUUGUUUACGGCCUCAAUGGAUACCCGAUGUGCAGUGGUUGGGGUCGCAGAUAG